AUGUGUAAGAGAGAAACGCACGUUGUGCUAAUAGUGUUAUUUUUUCUCUCUUUCUCUGCUUGUGUUAAUGGGAAGCACUUUGUGCUGGUUCAUGGAGCUGGGCAUGGUGCAUGGUGUUGGUAUAAAGUGGCAACUAUGCUGAAAAGCGGUGGUCACAAUGUUACAACGUUGGAUCUAGUUGCUUCUGGCAUCAAUCCAAAGCAAGUGCAAGACAUUGAUUCAAUUUCACAGUACUAUGAACCUUUGAUGACAUUCAUGGGUUCUAUUCCUCCCAAAGAGAAAGUGAUUUUGGUGGGUCAUAGUCUUGGUGGCAUAUCCAUUUCUGUGGCAAUGGAGAGGUUUCAUGAGAAAAUAUCCCUUGCAAUCUUUGUCACUGCCUUUGUUACAAGUCAAAACCUCACUUACCCUGCUAUUCUUCGAGAGGCGAAAAGACUGGGUAUCUUUACGGGCGCAAAACUUCUUCCUUUGGAUGCUCCCAACAAAACCGUAACUGUGGCAGUGUCUGACCCCGAAAUGUUGAGAUCUAGGUUGUAUCAAUUAUCACCACCUCAGGAUUUGACACUAGCAUUAUCACUAGUGAGACCCUCACCUUUCUUUAAUGAUAAUGAUGAACUAUUGCUGAAAGAAACCACUGUUACAAAGAACAAGAAUGGAAGGGUAUCCAAGGUCUUCAUCAUCAGCACAGGAGAUAAUUUGAUAACAAAAGAUUUUCAAUUAUGGAUGAUUGAGAGAACUGGUCCAUUUGCCGAGGUGAAAGAAAUCAAAGGUUCAGAUCACAUGGUCAUGUUCUCCAAACCAGAAAAACUUACCUCUCAGCUUCUUGAUUUUGCAAAUAAAAAUGAACAGUGUCCAUAUGUUUCACAUAAGUUUAAUUUAGAUUUUGUUCAGGAAUAAAUGAAAAAAAAACACAAAGA